CCGCGGAUAGUUGUUGAACCGAUCGCGGCACAAGCGACGGUGGCUGCCCGUGUGAUCAGUGUACGCAACACAGUCCGUGCGCGCAGAAGGUGAUCGUCCCGUUUGCGGACCGUUCGCCACCCGUCUCUCCCUUGUUUGGUACUCUACUACGCCGCUCCGCUUUCCGUCGCGUUUUCAUCGCCGCGUUUCAAGUGAUCGUGCAAGUCUUUGCAACCUGGACAAAUCGGUUACGUUAAUCGGUGUUCCGUUUCGUGCGACCUGUUUCGUAUGUGUGUGUGUUUGUGUGUGCUCGCCGCGGCGUGUGCUGUUUGUACUUCUUGUCUUUGUCGUAGAAGUAGAGAAGCACGUUGGCCGUACGUAUAGUUACCCCAUUUUCCAGCAAUGCACAGCCAGUUUAAAAGAAUUGUUGUGUGAUUUUUUGUUUUGUUUUUGCCUGUCGCAGCGCAGCAAUCGAGUGAGAUCUACACCGACGACAGGCGCGUUGUGUUACAUGAUCGGGCCAGCAAUGCACGCGUGAUCAAUAAUACCUUCCCGAAAAAAAAAGUACGCCAAAACACACGUCCGUGAGUGAGAUAGUGAGUGUAUGUGUGCGUGUGUGCGUGGAGAGGAAAAAGUCCUCCAUAAUUUUUGAGUGAAUUUUGCGUAACACAAAUUCCAGCAUCGUCGUCGUCGCCACCCAUCGUGGUGUCGUGCAAGUCGUAUCGAUCGCCCGAGAGAGCCACUUCGCGGGUGUAUGUGUGUGUGUGUGCGCGCGUGCGCCUAUCCGUGAAAUAUAGUGUGUCCCGUAGACCGUAGUGCCAACAUCGAAGGUGGUGCAGUGGCAGCGGUGGUAGAGGUAGUAGACAACGAGGACGACCAUGAAACAGGCAAAUGGUCGAGUGUUCGAUCGGAAUAAAGCCACCGCGUACAGCAGCCGGAAGUGAGGUGAGGAGGGAAGGGAACGACGAGGAGCUCGUUUGCACGAAAGCCUGCGGGAGUCCCCGCCAGCGGGAGCGGAACCGACCAGCCGCAGCACCAACCGCGUCCGUCGAGAUCCGUCCGACGUGAGGAAAGCGAGACGAUUUGCUGAGCGCGCCCCCCCCUGUGUGCCGUGUGCGCCCCUUCAUGGCCAACUUAUGCAAAAAGAUGCGGCGACGAUCCAGAAUGAAGGUUCUAAAGAUACUGCAGUCCUUUUCGCAAGGGACGUUCAUUGCGUUUUUGCUGCUUUUCUUCGGCGUGAACUGUAUGGGUGAACCGGGGUACCUUGACUUUGAUAAUCUUCCGGAGACUAAUUUUACCUGUGCCGGCAAAGUGAUCGGAGGAUACUAUGCCGAUCUGGAAGCGUCCUGCCAGAUGUUUCACGUGUGCACCAUCGGGCAGGGGGACGAGCCGAUGGACAUCAAGUUCCUGUGCCUGAACGGGACGGUGUUCGACCAGGAGACGCGCGUUUGCGAGCGCGUCGACGAGGUCGAUUGCUCCAAGUCGGAGAAGUUUUACUAUCUCAAUCUGGAGCUGUACGGUAACACCAUCAUACCUUCACCAGAUGAUGGCAGCUCGGAGGAAGAGAGCGAAGGAAGCGAUUCCUCAUCUACCACCAGCACGACGACUACAACUACUACCACGACGACUACCACUACUCCCAAGCCGCCAGCGACGACCACCCCAUCCAGACGGUUCGUUUUCAACAACGGCAACAGCAAGGGCUUCACACAGCCCAUCUCAUCCUCCACGAUCGCGACACCGACGCAUGCGUUCUCGAGCACCUCCGGCAAACCCCCGUCGGACGAGGAGGACUACGAGUAUGAGGACGAGGAGUACCCGGACGACAGCAAGUCCGCCGAUCAGGAUUCGGUCGUCGUGCCCGCCCUGGAGGAAGGCGGCAGCUUCUCGCCGCAGCAGUUCACGCUGCAGCAACAGCAGCAGGGCAAUCAACCAAAAACGGAACCGCCAACCAAAGCCGGUGGCGUCAAGCCGGCCGUAUCCUUCCAGCAGCAGCACUUCCAGAACGGGGGCACGCUGGCCGUUACAAACUCGCACGUUACGGUCACCACCCACACCACGAGCAAUGGUGGAGGAGUCAGCGGCGGUCCACCUUCUAGCAAUGGUGAUAAUGGUGGAGCUACGCCGCCCGCCGGCAGUGGCACGAAGCCCAAAGCCCAACCGUCGCAACCUCCGCUGACACACAAACAGAAGCAACAGCUGGAACAUCAGCGGCGCCAGCAGCAGGAGCAGCUACUCCAACAGCAAGCCAUCACCAAGCAGCACGAGGAGCUGCAGAAACGCCAACAGGAGGCGGCCGUCAAGCAGCAGCAGAAAGCGCUGCAGCAGCAGCAGAAGCAGGUCCAGCAGCACGAGGCCGAGAUCAAGAACCAUCAGGCACUGUUACUACUGCACACGCAGAAGAUUAACCGACAGCAGCAGAAGCAACAGAAUGUACCGUCGUCCGCAGCACCACCCGCCACGCAGCGUUUACCGUUCGCGACCGGGGCUGGUGCGAGCGGAUUUGGAUCGAAUCAGCAACAGCAGCAGCAGCAGCAGCAACAAACACAAGCACCAAAGAGAAUACCGCUGCUUGCCUCAUCGUCACCGCUAGCGCUGCCUUCGCCUGCCUCCCCGCUGACACCGUUCCGCUUGAGGGCUCAGGGUUUCAAGCUACCACAGUCGGUGGCUCCUCAAAUGUCACCCCAGCAGCGGCAGGAUAUACUACGCCAGCAGCAGCAACAGCAGCAGCAGCAGCACCAUCAACAUCAUCACCAGCAGCAGCAGCAGGAGGAACGCUUCGAAGGAUACCGAAGACAACCACCGCCUCAGUAUCCGGUUCGUUUUCAGGUACCGCUGCAUCUACCCUUCGAGCAGCAGCUGCGCAAUCAGAAGGACAUCUCGCUACAGUUCGACCCGGACGUAGAGGAUCUGACGCAGAUCCCCCAGCACAAGGAGCUGAAACGUUCGGAUCCACCGUUCCACCAGCAUCACGGCAAGGGGACGCCGACGGCCAGCAAGGAGCAAACGCCGAUCGUCACCGGAGAGCGUAAGGCGGACAGUGGACACCAAUCGCAAGCUGAGCAGGAGCAACAGCAGGACCCGGUGGUAGAGUACGAGUAUGACGAGGAUUACAGUUCCGAGGCGGAUGAGUCGGAGCAGGGCAAUCCUACCCUAGAUAGCGUUAAGUCAAACACCAAUAGUGAAUUUGUUAUCGCCAAGAAUGCAUCGCCCGGCAAGACGGGUGAGGAUCGCUAUCAGAAGGAGCACGGCACGGCCGUGUCGAGAAGUGAUAGCGAGCGAACUAAUACUAAUCCUAGCGCAAAUAGUUCUAGCAGUAAUAGAGUGACUAGUAAUAAGGGUAGUAGCAGCAGCAGCAGCAGUAAUAGUGGUAGUAGCAUUAGUAGUAACGAACGUAGCUCUAAGAAACUCCCGAGCGGAGGAGGUGGUGGUACCGUCACCACCAGCAACACUAGUAGGUUUAUCAUCAACAACGAGCACCACAAGAGCAGCAGCAGUUCGCCACCGCGCGUCCAGCCGUCGGCCCGGGUCGGUGUUUCGCCGGUAACGCCUGGCCAUCCGAAGGUGAUCGUCACCACCAGUACCUCCAUCCGGGACAAUCACGGCCGUACGAUCAACUACUCGAUCACGAGCAAUGGUGGUUCCAUCUCGAGCACGGCCGCCAGCACGCCAUCGCAGCCCGGCACAACAGUGCGUCCGAAGCCGGGCACGGUCAAGGGGUACGACGAGUACAAGGAGAGUGACGUACUGAGCGAUCCGUUCUAUCUGGACGUGCCGCGCCAUCGUACCCGUACUAGGCGAUCGUUAAAGAACGUGGGAUCAACGGGUUCGCGCCGAAAGCGCUACAUACUGCUCGUUCCUCGUUUCAUGUAGUACAUCAGCCAGCGCGCAUGCUGAUGCGCAGUGCCGAUGCCUGUUCGUUCGGUGGUUUGCGCUUGUAAAUAUUUGAUCCAGCAGCUGAUGCCGAAAGCAAAAUACUCAUGCCCUUCCUUUCGCCCCCUUCUAUCUGAUUUAAGCCACGUGAUACAUAUGCUCUCCAUGCACAUCAUGCGCACCCUGUUUGCAGGUGAGCCUGGAUGUGUAUAUGAGUUUUUUAUUCGAGAAAAAAACUGCAGAAGCACUCAUUAUUUCUCUCUCGGAGCUAUUACUUUCCUUCUGUUUCCAUUUGAUUAGCUAAUUUAAUGUAAUGUUUUUUUUUCUUCAGCGCUAUUUUAAUUUAAUUCCCCAAGUAUCGAUAGUGCGAUCGAGUGAAGAAUGUGUAAUUGUGUACAGAGAGAGUAGCGGAGUAUUUUUGAUCUUUUUUUUAUUCAUUUUUCUAUCCUUGGAGAAAACUCUAUCUAUCCUUGCACCUGCAUACUUUCACCAGUUUCUUUAGUUUUUUUUUGUAAGUUAUAGUUAUUUUAUGGUUUCCUCUAGCAUAUAGGCAGCAAAAACGUUGUAAGAACGAAGUUAUGAUUAUCAGAACAAGAUUACAGCCGCAGUAAAAAAAAUUAUACCUUCUUAUACUCAUCCCUAGCGAGUAGUUUUAGAAUCACAGACACACCUCGUUCUAUAUUGUACUAUGUUUUCCCCCCCUCUCAAGCAUCUAUCUCUCCAUCUAUCGCCUGAAAACCUUCCACGUCCAACGAUGCCAAACUGAUGGAAGCAAUGGCUAGAAAAAAAACACCUAGAAAUCAAUCGAUGAAAAUCAUGUAAAAAUAAAGAAUAAAGCACACUGUUCCGAA